AUGACAGAUCCUAAACCAACUAUAUACGUAAAUAAUCUAAAUGAUAGAGUAUCAUUAACAAUAUUGAAUAAUGAACUUCUCAAUCUAUUUAAUAAAUAUGGUGAAAUUAAACAAAUCAAAACUGGAAAAACAAUGAAAUUAAAGGGCCAGGCAUUUAUAGUAUUCAAAUCAAAUGAAGAUGCUAAUAAAGCAAUAGAAGGUCUACAGAAUCACGAACUAUUUAGCAAACCAAUGAGAAUAGUAUAUGCAAAACAUAAUAGUGAUUUAAUAAAUGAUAAAGAAACAAUCAAACAAAGAAAAUUAGCUAAGAAGAAAGAAGCAACUAAACCAAAUCCUAAGAAAAGAAAAUUACAAGAUAAAGAAAAUCAAGAGGAUAAAGAGAAGAAAAAGAAGAAGGCAUCUGAUACUAAUGAGUGGAAGAAAUUACCUCCUAAUCAUAUAUUAUUAUUACAAAACAUAACAGAAAACUCAUCUGAGUUGGAUUCAACUUUUGAAGAAUUGGAGGGAUUUAUAAAUAUAAGAUUUGUUAAAGUUAGAAAUUUGGCAUUUAUUGAAUUUGAAAAUGAAGAUUGUUCAACUAAAGUUUUAAAACUUUUUGAGUCGAAGGAAGAAUUGAAAAAAUUUGGUUCUGAUAUUAUACUUUCAUACGCAAAGAAAUGA